ACAGUUAAAAGACUCAGAGAACCCAAGGGCGAGAGAAGGCCAUGGAAGAUAUGGUUCUUUGAUACCUCAAAGCAAGCUCUUGGUGCUGGCUUGAUUCAUGUUAUCAACAUUCUUUUGUCAAUGAUUUCCUUAAGAGGUGAUGCCUGUACUUGGUAUGUGAUAUACUUUUUAUUGGACUCAACGGCUGGGCUCUUGUUCAUCUACUUACAAGUUAGAAUUGUCCAAAAGAUAGUGAUAAGGUGUGCAUGUAAAUCGUUGAUGUUCGGAGAGUAUGGAGAUCCUCCCAAAUACGAUGCUUGGAUUGGACAAUGCGGUGUCUUCAUAAUCAUUGUUAUCAUCGAAAAAAUUGGCAUUACUCUACUUACAACUAUUCCAUUCUGGACAAAGGUUGCUGAUGUGUUGUUGAGUCCUAUACAUAGUCCUAAAGUAGAAUUAACAUUGGUGAUGCUUGUCAUACCAUUCAUAGUCAAUACGAUAAUGUUCUGGGUGGUAGAUAACUUCUUAAUGGGAAAGAGGUCAAAGUUGAAAGGUUACGGCAAGGAGGGUCAUGGUUCAAAUGGGAAAGACAGAAGGCCAAGAGUGCAUUACUACCGGAGUGUGCCAGCAAAGUCAUCAGAUGGAUCCGAGUCAGAGGUACUUGUGUCAUGUGACGAUGAUGACACAAGGUCGUCAAACGGAUCAUUAUUAGUCAGAGAUUCAGAAGAAGAGAGAUCGAGUAUGAAGAGAAUAAAAGAAAAUUAUUUAUAGGGAUUUAGGAUACUGACUUCAAUGAUUUUUUAUAUAUUGCAUUGCAUUACUCAGAAAAGUGUUAAGAAAACAUGUAAAAUGUCAUUAAUAAUAAUAGGCAUUUAUAUAGCGCCAUUUAACUAGAAUUCUAUUUUGAGGCGCGUUUUUUCCUGCGUGACAAGCAAAUAUCCAAAAAGUGCUGGAUAUGCAAAAAAGGAGUAUGCUUUUUCUAUUUUGUACUAUGAAGAUAAGCAACUGAGUAUUACAAAACUGCUAAGAGUACUAGCAGGAAGUUGGUACUAGUAUAUGACUUAUUAAUAAUGGUAAUCCUGAUAUUUAAGAGGUAAAUGUAUUUAGGAUCAGUAGCAAAGGGUAGUCUGUAUCAUUGGAUAUCAUGUUACUUAAUACAUUGGCAAUGUUUUCUCACUCUCCUCAGCAUCUGGCUCUUUGGGAUUAAGAGAUUUAUUGUCCCAGCAGACAGUAGCUUUAUUUAAGAAAACAAGAUGUCCAAAAUUUGAUUCAUAUACAUAUGAAAUCAUUUGUAUUCUGAUCUUGGCUAUUACAUAAAUAUCACUAUCUUGGUAACUUUGCCAUCCACGGAAUCCUAGCUUGGUUAUGAUUGGCUGGCAAAGAUAGUUACUUUGAUAGUUAAGGGACUUAUUACACCAGAACGUGGCUGUCACAUCUGAACGUUUCAGCCAGCUUAUUAUGCUGGCAUAUCUCACAAAUCUAAGUCAGCAAAAUGUUAUUCAUAGUGUGAACUACAUACAUGGUAUGAAUAAUUGUACAUAGCAUUUCGGGUUAUAUAACUUUCAACCUUUUUAAAAACACAUUAAAAAGUUUCUCCACAGCUCUUGCAUAGUUUUCUGUGCACAGCCGGUGACUAAAGGCAUGAUGUGACGUCACACGAACUGGCCCAUUUAGGAUGCAGAGAUUUCGCGUUCAUGGAAGAGGCUAUUUGGGAGCAUUUCAAUUGAGGAUUUUAAAAAGCCAGAAGAUUUUAGUGAUUUAAUAUGUUAAUGAACAUGUUAUCAAGGAUGCAGGCUUUGCUUAGAUACCAAAGUUAUGGAUAUUUAUUUCCUUUUUAUGUCAACUUGAAGCAUCCAUAAAGAUCCAUUUUUAGUUUUGAUCUUCUGCUUCUGUGUAACAACCAGUGCCAGCCACACAGAAACGUUGUUAGCCUAACAGAAAGCUAACAGUAAGCCCAGUCACAUCUUUCGGAUUGUGAAGUGAAAACAUUUGUUCCAAUGUGUUAGUAAUUCAUUGUUGUAAGCAUCGCUGCCAUAUAACCGGUUGUAACAGGGCCUUUGUUAGUGUAUUGCUAGCGCAAACAAUGUUUCUGUGCAGUCAGUCCUGAUUUUUGGUGUAGACUUUCCCAUUUCAUAUCUAUGGGAGUUAGCAAUUAAUGGGCAGCCUGGUUUGUAAACAUACUUCAAAUAUUUUCAAAUGUGUGGCGAUAACCACUCCCCUUUUAUUGAAAGCUAUAGAGUAUAGCACUCAUAAGACAUCUGUGUAUUUAUAUAUGAAAUUGGCUCUCAAUUUUUGAGUAGUAAUUAGCCUGUUUUGUUUGCUUGCCAAAUAUGGAUGUUUGAUGUUUGGAAUUUGGUGCUGCAGUAUACAUCUCCAAGCACAAUUAUAAAUAUAAUUGAUAUUUUGCCAAUUUGUGUGAAGCAAUACAUGUUUUGUUGGUGAUCAUUCUGUAUAUGGAGCAAGCUAAAAAUAUAGAAUUUAAUUAAGAUGUAGCUUAUAGGGGGGGGGGGGGGGGGAGAUAAAAUGACCUCUCCUGUCCACAAGUCAAUGAAUUAUACUGUGUGUAUUUAAUGAGUAGAUUGUAUUGUAUCAGUGUAUGAAUGGAGAGGGGAUACAAUAUUUAAUUGCAGUACUAGCAAUAUUGUAUUUUCUUUUUCAAUGUUUUGUGCAAUGGUGCACUGAAAAUUUUAAUGCUUCAGCAUCAGCAAAUGAUGACAUUCUAUCAAUCCAUGCUUUCAUAUUUCUUGUUUAUAUAUUAUGUGCCAUUUAACUCAUUUUAUCUUUCAAUAUAUAGAUAUUAGGAUGAUUUUAUUUAUUGAAUAUACGUAUUCCUUGAUGGUCGGGAUAUUUUUGUAAAAUGCCUUUCAUAUUCAUUUGUAUAUAUACCUUGGAAUUUAUACUAAAAGUGCUUUAAUAAAAAAAAAUUACUCCUACAAGAAAUGAAAAACAUCUCAAACAAUUAAGAAUAAAAUAAGAGUUGUAUAUUUGACACUUUUUUUCUCUCUUCAUAUCAGUGAUGUUUUAUCAAAGUGAUCUCUAAGUAAUGAAAUUAAUUGAUGAUCUCACUAUAAAAAGUAAAGCUAUGUAAUGCCAUUUCUUACUUUUCAUAGAUUUCUUUAGUAAUUUGAUGGCAUUAAUUCCGUACAUUGCGAAUGAGAAUCUUAUUUUCCUCAUACAGUUCCAUAUUUAUACACACAUUUACUUAUGUGUACCGGGGUAUGUACAUGUAUAUACGUAUACCUUCAUAAUUCACAAAUUUACUAUUUGUUUGUUUACUAUAUGAAUCUAGAUUAUUUUAUUCUGGGGAGCAUUUUAUGAAACAAACUGAUUGAUUUUCUCUGAUAAUUGUUAUAAGCUUCUGCAAACCUUCCAUCUGAUUGGCAAAGUACAAAUUGGUUAGUGAAAAUAAUUGACAAUUUCAGAUUACUCCCAGUAUUUCUCUUUGUCUGCACUCCUGAAAUAUAAUGACAGACAGUAUGUUUUACUAUUAAUACAUGGUGAAAAAUGAAUAAAGCUGGUCUAUUUCAGAAAUAUGUUAACCAUAUAAAUAUCAAGAAAUGGCAUGACAUAAUGACAAACUCAUUGUGGUGGACCAUUAUUUCAAUGAUAUGUGUAUAGUAUAUUAUUAAUUAAAGGAUAAUCCAACCCAAAUGGAAAGAUGAUUUGAUAGAAAAGAGCAAAGUCAGAGAAGCAGAUACGUGAAAUUUGAACAAAAUCUGACAAAAAAUAAGGAAGAUACAAAGUUUAAAAGUGGUGUGAAGUUGUAUUCUCUAUACCAAUGGAGAUUUUGAAUAGACUCUAUGGGUGAUAUCACCAUGAGGUAGGAUAGGGUCAAUUUCUCCAUUUGUUACAAUCCAAAACAUUUAAUGGAAUCUCCUUUAAAAUUUCUACUCAGAGUGAUCUUUUUCUUUUAUGUAGGCAGGCAUAUAUAAUUAUGCUAUCUAUGUUUUAAUCUUUGUGUUAUCACCCUUAGUGUAAAGAGGCACGAAAGAAGACCACACAUUUCUGGAAAUGGGAGUUUCCCAGAUAAUUUCUUUUUGUUUUAUCUACUAAAAAAUUGACAAUUCAAGAUUUACAGUUACACAGUUUUUGUGAUCUCAUUUUCAAACACCCAUCCCCUCCCCAACUUUCCUAUUCCUUACCCGAUUCCUUUUAAACUUCCUUUUAAGGUUUCAUUCACCUUUGAAAAGUGUGUCUUGUCUGAGUUCUCUGACAUACUAGUGACCUUUUUAUUACCAUUUUCUUUACCUAUUUUUGUUGUUGUAAUAUGUAUGCUAUCCCAAAUGUUCUGUAUUAUAACGUUUUGUACCAAAGAACAUAUUGUGAUUCAUGAAUGAUUUAUAUUUUUAACAAGUAUGAUACAUUGAAGUGCAAGUUGAAGGCUGUAGAUUUUAUUUUAGGUACAUAUGGGGAAUAUUAGAACAUUUGGAUGAUUCUCAGGGCAAACAAGAAUUUGGGGUCUAUUCUGCAGUAAAUACAAUUGGAUGCCAUUAUAAGC